AUGAAGCUCCUCAAUUGCUCGAGUCUACAGAUUGAGGAGUUCUCGGGGUUGUCCAUACCCGAGUCUUACGCCAUUCUUUCCCACCGAUGGGAAGCCGAUCAUGAAGAGGCUACUUAUCAAGAUUUUGGAAAACCGGACGUGAUAGCACGCAAGAAAGGAUGGGAAAAGAUUAAGUAUUUCUGUCGCCUCGCGUUGCAGCAAGGUUACAAAUAUGCCUGGGUUGAUACUUGUUGCAUUAACAAACAGGAUUUCACAGAGCUGACGGAAGCCAUCAAUUCCAUGUUCAAGUGGUAUGCGCGAUCUUCAUUCUGCUACGCGUACCUGUCGGAUGUGGGCGUUGACGGGGUGUCUCUUCAACAAUCCCAGUGGUUCACUCGUGGAUGGACUUUGCAGGAGCUCAUCGCGCCCUCGCGAGUUGAGUUUUUUGAUAAAGACUGGAACUACAUCGGAAGUCGAGCCGAUCUAUGCGACAUUAUCCAACGACGCACAAACAUUGACAAGAGCAUCCUCGUGGCAGGAAGCGGGAGAGUGGAAGGCCUUUUAACGACAAUACCCGUUGCGAGAAGAAUGUCUUGGGCAUCUGGGCGCACAACCAAAAGGGAAGAAGAUCUGGCGUACUGUCUGCUGGGAGUUUUUGGAGUCAAGAUGCCGCUUCUGUAUGGGGAGGGAAACAGAGCGUUCAUCCGACUUCAGGAAGAGAUCAUCAAGGAGACUAACGACUUGUCCAUCUUUGCCUGGUCUGCACCAGCAGAAUCUCCACUGGGCUUUUUCGGGAUUCUAGCUAUGUCUCCAUCGGCUUUCGAGACAGCGAAUGAUAUCGUACUCAGUAGCGACAUCAAGUACAACCCCGAGUACGCCAUCACAAAUAAAGGCUUGAAAAUCACAACCGAAACCAGUCUAAUGCCCGACGGCGCGCAUUUCCUAAGUCUCCGCUGCCACAGAUCCAGCGAUCCAGGCCGUCGUCACCUCGGAAUUCUUCUCAGAGAUCAAGGCGGAAACGUCUUCCUCCGCUGGAAGACCGGCCGGCUAUGGAGUUUGGAGCACAGCGCACCGGGCGUCAACCACACGAUGUUCAUCAGCAAAUUCCUUGAGCCAGACGUGGCGGAGACGCUCGUCGGGGACAUGAACUCCAUCUACCGCAACGCCUUCUGCUUCCCGCCCACGCCGCCAGGGGUGGAGUUUGUCAAGGCCCAUCCCGACGGCAUGUGGAGCUCGUCCCGGCGCAUGUUUAUCACACAAGGACUAGACACGUUUGACGGAUAUGUUCAGUACCGGACGUCUGGCGCGGCUGACCAGAACUUUAUCGUCGCGUGUGGUUUCACCGGAGGUGGUGCGAAUCCUUGGGUGUGUCUUGCAGCUAACAAAAACGAGACGAAACACAUUUUCCAAACUGCAAUGAGCGGCGAUAUGAUGAAGUUGCGCAUGUUUGGCAGCGAGCGUGGGGUUAUGAAGACGAGGAUUACGUUUGGUAUGAGUAGGCGGGUUGAGGAUAGACCGGUGGUGUUAAGCCUGGGGAUGGAGACGAGGAUGUUAGAAGGGCAGCCUGUGUUUUCCAUCUUCGUAGAUCAAAGAACUGAUUGGGGAGAUUUGUGCUCAGUAAUGUAA